AUGUACGUGAGCGGCGGUGGUCCUCUGCGGAAGUCUUUCAAGGACUCGCUCAAAGUUCUUGAAGCCGAUAUUCAGCAUGCAAAUACUCUGGCAUCUGAUUUUUCCCGAGAGUACGAUGGGGCGUGUCUGCAAAUGAGGAUAUCAUACAGCCCGGCUGCGCAAUUUUUCCUUUUUCUUGUUCAGUGGACUGACUGUCACCUUGCAGGUGCUCUUGGGCUGUUGAGAAUUCUAAUUUAUAAGGUAUAUGUUGAUGGCACCACCACUAUGUCGACUCAUGAGAGAAAAGCCAGCAUUCGAGAAUUCUAUGCUAUUAUUUAUCCGUCUCUAAUGCAACUUCAAAGAGGUGUCACUGAUACAGAAGAUAAAAAGCAGAAAGCUUUAUGUCUGGAGAGAUACAGGAGGAAGGAUGAAGAAGAACACAGGCAAUGCUCGGAAGUAGAGAGUGAGAGGGAAGAAGAAUGUGGGAUUUGCAUGGAGAUGAACAGCAAGAUAGUUUUGCCUAACUGUAAUCAUGCCAUGUGCUUAAAAUGCUACAGAGAAUGGCGCUCAAGGUCACAGUCGUGCCCUUUCUGCCGUGACAGCUUGAAGAGAGUUAACUCUUGCGAUUUAUGGGUUUUUCUUGACGGCAGGGACGUAUUGGACAUUUCUGCUAUAACAAGGGAGAAUUCGAAGAGGCUGUUCAUGUACAUAGAUAAGUUACCUCUUGUAGUACCCGAGACUCUCUUUGAUGCUUAUGAUACCCAUGUGAGAUAA